AUGGAAAAAGGCGUUAUUUGUCCGCGAGAUAGUACAUCAUCUAAAGGGUUAAUUACUAUCUUAGUGUUUGCCAUGGAAACAUCAGAACGAGAUUUUGAAGACGAAGACCGAAAGAAGCAAUCGAUUGGCAGAAAAACGACCAAUGUCUAUUCAAUCACAGACCGCAAUGACGUUUGGAAAAUCCAAGAAGUUCGAAAGUUGAAAGAAAAAGCUCUUGAGAAUAUCAAAAGAAUUAAGAACGCAGGCUGGGGAAACUUACAAAAGACUGGGUUCACCGCUGAAAAACUUCAUGAAUUAACGUUCAAUCUGGAUGCCAUCCGAAAAGGUUCACCUAUUAGAGCUUACUCUGCCAAAUAUGGUAAUCCAAAUACCGACAUCGAAUUGAAAGAUACAUCCAAAAACGUCCCUGCUAUUUUAUCCACCGCGCAACUGAAGUUUGGUAGCAAGGCUAAUGUAGCAACGCUCGGAAAUCCUAAAUAUAGUCAAGUGGAUUCAAAGAUUGCUCCCAAAAAUAUGGCUGGUAAUAAAUGGAGCGAAACUGUUAGCUAUCAAGGCAUCAGUAGUAAAUCGUUUAGCAACGAAGAAGUUCAUCAGGUCCUUUCAGGUCCAGAACGAUCUUUAGACACGUUGAGCAUGAAUACAGGAUCGAUGGUUACGAAGGUGGCUAUCUCAAGUGCAUUACUGAAUGCAACUAUUGGCGCAGGUUUCGAGUUUGUUUCUUUUACUAUAAAUGCUAUACAAAAGCGUAAGAUUGAUAAAGAAGAACUAAAGACAACAGCUAAAACCGCACUCGAAACAGCAACCGUGUGCGCAGCAUCAGGUGCGGUAACUAGUGGAGCUACUGUCUACUUUGAAAGUUCCGCUGUCGGAGGUGUUCUCUCUGGUUUUCUGUUGACAUCUUAUAACGUGUAUAGAUGCUAUCAGACAAAAGGCGUCGAUGACUAA